AUGGCUUCUUCGUCCAAAAAAGAUUCAAACAUCACCAAUUUCCGUGGAAGACUUGGAAUCGCGACUAUUAAAAAAAAAGGAAUGGAGUACGUCCGUGGACUCGGACUUCAGAAUGUCAGGGACUUACUUGAAAUGGUCAAAUUUAAUGAAAAACACGACAUUAAAUUUAUGCGUAUGUCCUCUCAAAUGUUUCCAUUUGCCAGCUCAAUUGAAUACGGUUAUUCUCUCUCGUUUGCAGAAAAAGAAUUAAGACAAAUCGGUGAAUUUGCCGCUAAACAUGGACAUCGAUUAACAACGCACCCGGGACAAUUUAAUCAACUAGGUUCGCCUAAUCGAAUUACAGUUGAGAAAACCAUCAGAGAACUCGAUUACCAUGCGGAAAUGCUUGAUCUCAUGGCUUUACCACCCGAUUCAAUUAUGGUAAUCCACAUGGGAGGCAUGUAUGAGAAUAAAGAGGAAACUCUGGAGAGAUUCGAGCAAAAUUAUUUGGCUUUGCCACCCAGAAUCAAGAAUCGAUUAGUUUUAGAAAACGAUGAACUUUCUUAUUGUGUUCAAGAUCUUUUGCCAGUAUGUCAGAAGUUGAGCAUUCCCCUCGUUUUGGAUUGGCAUCAUCAUAAAUUGUAUCCCGGAACUUUGUCCUUUGAAGAUUUACUUGCUAUAAUACCAGAGAUUAAUAAAACUUGGACUGAUCGCGGGUUCAAACCUAAACAACAUUACUCUGAAAGUCGCCGAGGUGCUAAUUCGAUAAUGGAAAAGAGAGCUCAUUCUGAUAGAGUGGUACAACUUCCACCUUGUGAUCCAGAUAUGGAUUUGAUGAUUGAAGCAAAGGACAAAGAACAAGCGGUAUUCCAACUAUAUCAAAAAUAUAAUCUAUUCAAAGUGGACGAAUCAGUUUUAGUUCCACCCGACGAAGUUGAAUCAACGCAAACUAAAGGUCGUAAAAGCAACAAACGGAAGGUUGGAUCAACACAAACUAAAGGUCGUAAAAGCAACAAACGGAAAGUAAUGGCUGUGGAAUCAGAAGUAAAUGAAGAAUUCCAAGAUGCACGUAAAAAAUACACGUAA